AUGCGACCGUACACUUGGGCCUUGCUAUUGCUGCUUGGUGCGAAUGCUGCCCCGAAUUUGCCGCAUGGUUCGGCUGCUGGGUUGACUCCCAUCACCGACGAUGGCAGCAACUUGAACCGACUGGAAAGCCGAAGGGUCAAGUUCAAGAAAGGCAAAGUGCUUAUGCUGGAUGAAAUCCAUACCAGAGCUGUCGACUCAUGGACUGCUCGAAAUGGCCUAAGCAAAUGCAACUCGACGGCCCAGUCGAUGGAAUGCAAACUCACGCACAGGCAAAAUCACAAGAUCGACAUGUUGGCCGUGGUAACUAGCCUUGAUAAUGCUUUCGACGCCGGAACAUGGGGGAAUAUUUCCGUCUCUUUUGCGAAUGACGACAUCAACGACCCUGAUAUCAAAAUGGUCCAGGUUCUCGCAGAACCUCGCGGAGUCAUCACUACAGUGGAUCCUAUUGAUCUUGAGAAGGUAUUUGGUAAAAAGAAGAUCUCCAUCAACGAAUUUUCGACGAUAGGAUUACAUGCGACCAGCAAUUCGGAUAAAUUUAGCGUCCGCGGCUUGACCCUGUUGGCGAGGCUUGCCGAUUCCCCUGAUUCUCAUAUUGGUUUGAGCAUGACCAAGUAUAGCGCUCUUAGUACUUGGUUUGCCGAAACUCCACUACGGAACAGCCUCGAGAUGGUAUGGAGCGGAAGGGUGGAAACGGAUGAUUGGAACGCAGUGUUUCAAAGCUUGUCCAGUGUGAAGAAGCCGCCGAGGAACUGUUUCUUUUCACCUAUUCAAUGUCUGUUUACCUAUUCAUAG